AUGGAUCGCUUAACCCUUCACGAAAAGAACAUCCUGCACGAAGCUAGGACUAAAAUCGGACUCCACCUUCAAUAUCUUGACGCACACCUUAUAUAUUCCCCCCUUAAAUAUUGUAUUCAAGUCAUCGAUGAAAUUAUCGAUCACAUCGACAGAGUCAAAGCCCUGGCCGAGGCAGUCGUGCGUGGAGAUGACACCAAAACCAUAUACAUCGAGAAUGCUAACCUUUCACGAAAAUCCGCGCUUGAGUUGGCCAGCAAGGUUGAGAACUGGGGAAAUGAGGGUGAUAUUACGGCUCAGUUGGGAGCAUAUAGCCAGACCGCUUUUAGCAUCCUCUUCCCCGCGAGGUCCGUUGGGGAUACUGCUUGCGUAGCCUCUGAAGCUAGUCAUAGCGAUGACAAUGAGUGA